CUGGCUGGGUCCCCGGCGAGCGCAGAGCGUGCGCCUUCGGGAAUCUUCGGUGCGCUACGUCUGCUCACGCCGUACCUGCGCUUCUGACUGGAAUUGAGGCGUCGGAGCCUGUCACUCCCGCUCUGGCCUGGGUCUCUAGCGCCUGCGGGAGCGCCAGCUGUGAUCACCUGCGGCCCGGGUGUGUGCGCUAGGGGCCACAGCUCUCGGAGGUUUGUUCUGGAAGAGAGCUGAGAGCGCGGUGUCCUGGCGCGUGGAAACCCCGCACCUCUCGCGUCAUGGUGAAGAAGAACAGUAUCCCCAACGGGUGGAGGACUGUGACGCCAAUUGGACAUCCUCUACCUGGAACACGAUUUAUUGCUUUUAAAGUUCCUUUAAAGGGAGCAGUUAAUCAGAGACUUACUCCAACCCAGAAGUUUACACCAAAAGAUUUGAUAAGUGCAAUAAAAGCACUAAAUGUGGAACUUGGAUUAAUUAUCGAUCUAACAUACACCACAAGAUAUUAUGAAGUUAAGGAUUUACCUAAAAGCAUUCAUUAUAAAAAACUUUAUACUGUUGGACUCGAAGUCCCUGACAAUGCUACUAUUCUGCAGUUCAAAAAGUGGGUCAGAAAGUUCCUGUGGGAAAAUGCAGAAAAUGAUAAACUCAUUGGAGUUCAUUGUACCAAUGGAAUUAACAGAACAGGAUACCUUAUAUGUAGGUACCUUAUCGAUGUUGAAGGCUGGGAUCCAGAUACAGCAAUUCAAGCUUUUGGUGAGGCCCGUGGUCAUCGAAUAGAUGGAUGUGUGUACUUAAAGGAUCUCAAAACUCGACCCAUGAGAAGUAAUCUUGGAAUGGAUGUCUGGGAUUCUGAUGAAGAUGCAACUCUCCCAUCUAAUUCUAUGGAAGAAUCUGGAGAUUGGUCCCCAAAUGAAGACUUUCAUGGCAGGACUGGGAAAAGGUCAAGGCUUCUUAAUGACCAGCACCCUCGAAAUGAUGUACAGAUAAAGGAUUAUGAUUAUGUCAACAGUGGACGUUUCCAGAGGCAUGGGGAUUUGUAUAAACACAGGUGUAGUGACAGCAUGCCAGAAGAAAGACACCUGAGAAAUUGGGAUUUGGGUAACAAAGGACCAGGACCAAGAUGUUCAUUCUUUGCUAAUCGCCAGUGUUAUGAUGUCUCUCAAGAGGAAACAGAUUUCAGUAAGAUACAUGGAACCAGACCGAGACCAUUUCAUGAUCCCCAGCCUCACAGUGACUGCCAUGAACCAGAUGCUGGAGAUGAUUUUGAUUUUGUUAGCAAAGUUGAUGGACAAAGGAGACAUUCCAUUCAGAAUCAUCAGGCCUAUAGCAACUGUUGGGAAAAAUUUCCAACAAAAGAUUAUGGUUUUAUCAACAGAAGCUGGGGACAAAAACGAUGGCCUUUCUAUAACCACCAUGAGUACCCACUUCGUGGUGAUUUUCAGGACCAAUUACUUGUACAGAGUUCUCAUUUUCUCAACAAGGGUGGUGGUUUUCAAAGGCAAAAACCCUUCUACCAGAACUAUUUUCAUGAUGAAAUUAAUUUGGAAGAUUUAGAAUAUACCGAUGUCAUAUCAGAGCACACACGAGGAUCUCUACAUGACCAUUCCAACAAUGAUUUCUCAGAGAAAAUGUCAUUGAAAAAAUAUGUUAAUAGAGGUCAUGGACAAAGACUACCACCUUUUCCAAAGUUUAAAAAGCAAAGGCAUUUAAGAAAUUUUGAUUUCAACAGUGGAACAAAACCAUGGCAUAUAUCUUCCUGUAACCACCCACGUAAUGAUCCACAAGAACAGGUUCUUUUGGAAGACUUGGAUUUUGAACAGGAAACAUCCUCACAAAGACCACGGUCUUUUCGGGACUCCCCACUUCCUGAUAACAUAAAUCCUGACUGGCAUUUAGAUAAACUGGUGUAUCCAGAAGAUAAUCGAAGAAUACAUUCUUCAGAUGGAUUUAACCGCAGGAGACAGAACAGACUGACAGCAUAUUCUUCACAGGAACUCCCAUCUUCAUGUGUAUUCCAAGAAGAUGGUUCAGUUGACUAUUGUGGAGGCAGAAAUCCAAGAGAUAUGGAACAGCACAAAAGGUCAUAUUUUUAAGCUACUGAUUAUAAUUAGAGUAUGCCUGUCAAUUGCAGAGCUGGAGAGGGAGCAUUAUGACUUACCAUGAGAAAAAACUGCAAUUGGUACUGACUAGUUCACUUUAACAACCGCCCACCACUUAUCUAUAUUUGCCCCCUUUGCA